GUAUCUUGUUUGCUGUGUUUUGCUUCCUUGUUUUACAAUCGUUUUAAAAUACCGUUAAAACAGAAAGAAAAUGAUGAAACCUUUAAUUCAAUUCAAAUUACAUUUAAUACUUGAUUAUUUUAUUUAAUAUUAUUUCAUUUUACAAUAUUAGUACAACAAACAUCCAUCAAAAUGUCAGCUGGAGAAGUGGUUAUGGAAGUGCCAACAAGUUUAAAACGUCUCGCACGAUUGGUUGUUAGAGGUUUCUAUACUAUAGAAGAUGCACUCAUAAUUGACAUACUGGUUAGAAAUCCUUGUAUGAAAGAGGAUGACAUGUGUGAAUUAUUAAAAUUUGAAAGAAAAAUGCUUAGACAACGCAUAUCUAUACUAAGAAGUGAAAAAUUUUUACAAACUAGGUUGAGAAUGGAAACUGGCGCUGACAGUAAGGCACAAAAGGUCAACUAUUAUUUUAUAAAUUAUAAGUCUUUUGUGAACAUGGUCAAGUAUAAACUUGAUUGUAUGCGGAAAAAAAUGGAGACUCAAGAACGUAAUGCAACAAGCCGAGCCAGUUUUAAAUGUGUUCAAUGUUUUAAAACUUUUACCGAUUUAGAAGCGGAUAUGUUAUUUGAUUUCCAAACCAAUGAAUUCCAUUGUACUUUUUGUGGGGAGUUGGUUGAAGAAGACACUUCGGUUCUACCACAACAAGAUUCUCGUGUAAUGUUGGCUAAUUUCAAUGAAGUUGUAGAACCUUUUUAUUCAAUACUUCGUGAACUAGAUGGUAUCCGCCUAGCACCAGAACUUCUUGAACCUGAACCUACCCGUAUUCUGGGACUAGAAUCGGCAACAUCACAGUCUUCUGGCAGUAAACAAAUGAAUGGUAUGGAACGAUGGGGACCUGAUAAAAUGCGAAAUUUGGACUCUAAUAGUUCUAAAAUGGAAGUUACUAUUGGUGAAGACCUUCAAGACAAUCGUCCAGUUGUCAAAGAACGGCCUAUAUGGUUAACAGAAAGUACUGUUGUAGAAAAUACUUCUACUCGAGAUUCAAUUGAAAUGGAGACUAAAGAUCAUACUGAAGAAGCUCCACUUGAAUUCACUCCUGAUGUAGAUAUAAUGACUGUCUUAUUGCAACAUGAAAAACGUGCGGAUCAAACUGAUGGRCCUGGUAAGAAAAGUGGGCAGGACGCAGAUUCAAGUGAUGAAGAUUUUUCAAAAACUAUUAAGAAUGAACCAUCUCUUGGUUCAGGGGUUGAAGAGCUCACAUCAGAAGAAGAAGAGGAUGACGAAGACGUACCUUUAGUAAGUGUUGCUGGUCGUCGUGUACCAAUAACAGAAGUAGUGAAUAUGACAGAUGCYAUCAGUCAAAUGACACCAUCCGAAAAAGAACAUUACAUACAAGUUUAUCAAGACUUUUUCUCUGCGUUGGGUGAUUAAAUGUUCUAUAACGACAAUUAGAUUGUGAUACUAAAUAUUAUAAUUAUGAUGGUACAAAAUAAAUGUAUGUUUUGUUCUAACUUCUCAUGUAAUUCUUGUAUGUAGAAUACAGAUUAUAUUAACUACUUUAUUGAAUGGAUAAUAUAUUUUUGUAUCAAUAGUUUUAAAUUAUAAUGUUUUGUUUAUAUAGUAUUAUAAGUAACCUAAUAAUAGACUGUACUUUUUCUCUUUUUUUACUUUGAUAAAUUGAUAAAAUUGAA